AGGGGGGGAACCCCGAGCUGGGGCGGACGCUCCUCACGGCCAUGAUGCUGUGCGCCCGAAGGCUGGGCGGCCUCGGAGCCGGUCGGGUCGGCCUGGGAGCCCGGAGCUGGGUCCGAAGGGUCAGCACCAGCUGGUCGCCGGUGGGCGCCGCCUUCAAUGCCAAGCCCCAGGGCCGCCGCCUGGACCUGUUCGGCGAGCGCCGGGGUCUAUUUGGAGUUCCUGAGCUCAGUUCCCCAGAAGGAUUCCACAUUGCACAGGAAGCAGCCUUGCAGAAGACGGAGUGGCUGGUGGAACGCGCGUGUUCUACACCCCCUGGGCCACAGACAGUGCUCAUCUUUGACGAACUGUCUGAUACCCUGUGCAGAGUGGCCGACUUGGCUGAUUUUGUGAAACUUGCACAUCCCGAGCCUGCAUUCAGAGAGGCUGCCGAAGACGCCUGUAGAAGUGUGGGCACCGUGGUAGAAAAGUUGAACACAAAUGUGGAAUUGUAUCAAAGUCUGCAGAAAUUACUAGAUGAUAAAAAUCUUAUGGAUUCUCUUGAUGCAGAAACCAGGCGAGUGGCUGAACUAUUUAUGUUUGAUUUUGAAAUCAGUGGAAUCCAUCUAGAUGAAGAAAAGCGUAGAAGAGCAGUGGACCUUAAUGUUAAAAUCUUGGACUUGAGCAGCACAUUUCUCAUGGGAACCAAUUUUCCCAACAAGAUUGAGAAACAUCUCUUACCAGAACACAUUUGCCACAACUUUGCACGAGACGGGAAUCAUGUAAUAAUUGAUGGUCUACAUGCAGAAGCCGCAGAUGACUUGGUGCGAGAAGCUGCUUACAAAAUAUUUCUUUAUCCCAGUGCUGAUCAGUUGAAAUGUUUAGAAGAAUUGCUCAGGAGUAGAGAUCUUCUGGCAAACUUAGUGGGAUAUUCCACCUUUUCCCACAGGGCUCUCCAGGGAACCAUUGCUCAGAACCCAGAGACUGUAAUGCAGUUCCUUGAGAAACUAUCUGACAAACUUUCUGAAAGAACUGUAAAAGAUUUUGAGAUGAUGCGAAGAAUGAAAAUGAAAUUAAAUCCUCAAAAUGCUGUGCUAAUGCCUUGGGACCCCCCCUACUAUAGUGGUGUGAUUCGUGCUGAGAGGUAUAAUAUCGAGCCCAGUUUAUAUUGCCCAUUUUUCUCCCUUGGAGCAUGCAUGGAAGGCCUGAAUAUAUUGUUUAAUAAACUGUUGGGCAUUUCACUAUAUGCAGAGCCUCCUGCAAAAGGAGAGGUGUGGUGUGACGACGUCCGAAAGCUGGCUGUUGUCCAUGAGUCUGAAGGACUGUUGGGAUACAUUUACUGCGAUUUCUUCCAGCGAGAAAACAAACCAUAUCAGGAUUGCCACUUUACAAUUCGAGGAGGCAGGCUAAAGGAAGAUGGAAGCUAUCAGCUCCCAGUCGUGGUUCUUAUGCUGAAUCUUCCCCAUUCCUCAAGGAAUUCACCCACCUUAUUGACUCCUGGAAUGAUGGAAAAUCUUUUUCAUGAAAUGGGACAUGCCAUGCACUCGAUGCUGGGACGAACUCGGUACCAACAUGUCACUGGGACCAGGUGCCCCACUGACUUUGCUGAAGUUCCAUCUAUUCUGAUGGAGUACUUUUCAAAUGAUUACCGAGUGGUUAACCAAUUUGCCAGGCAUUAUCAGACCGGACAGCUGUUGCCGAAAGCUAUGGUGUCUCGUCUCUGUGAAUCCAAGAAAGUUUGUGCAGCCGCAGAGUUGCAGCUUCAGGUCUUUUAUGCUGCUCUGGAUCAAAUCUACCAUGGCCAGCAUCCCCUGAAGAAGUCAACCACAGAUCUUCUCAAGGAAACACAGGAGCAGUUUUACGGCUUGCCCUACGUUACAAAUACGGCCUGGCAGCUGAGGUUCAGCCACCUUGUGGGGUAUGGUGCCAAAUACUACUCAUAUCUGAUGUCCAGGGCUGUGGCAUCCAUGGUUUGGAAGGAAUGUUUCCUACAGGAUCCUUUUAACAGGGCUGCUGGAGAGCGCUACCGCAGGGAGAUGCUGGCGCACGGUGGCGGCAAGGAGCCCAUGCUGAUGGUUCAAGGUAUGUUGCAGAAGUGUCCUUCCAUUGAUGACUUUGUGGAUGCCCUUGUUUCUGACUUGGAUCUGGACUUCGAAACUUUCCUCAUGGAUUCUGAAUAGUGGAAGCAUCCUGAAUCGUUGAAACCAGAUUGUGUAUUUAUGAAGCUUGUUACAGGCCCUUUCAGCUGAGGGCUCAUUUCUGAGUUCAGUAUUCUUUAUGUAAUAAUUUCUGACAAACCCUAAACUGACGGAACCUGAAAUAAAUAAUGUGAUUGAAUUGUGCUGGACUUUUGCCAGUUUGGCAAGUCCUGAAGCCUAUGGAAAACUGCUCUCAGCUCGUACGAUUACACUGCUGUGCAUUGCUGUCAAAUACCCCUGUGUGGCUGCUUUCCAACUGUUGGUCCCCAUUACAUUAGAAACUUUAUUAAAUGCAAAAUUAUUUCCAUCUA